GGCGUCGCGCGGGGCGGGCGUUGGGCGCGGCCGUAAUGGCUGUUGUGAGGGGAGGGUCCGCCAUGGUCCUUCCCGCCCUGCCGGGUUCUCUCACAGAACACCUGUUCACGAAGGCUGCCUGGAGCCUGUCACUUCCUCUGUGAUCGACCGCUCUGGGCUAAAUACCUUUCCUCCUUCCUUUCGAGCGUGUCAGCAAUAAUUUGCGGAUGUUUUUUUUUUUCCUCCUCCAUGUCAAUUGAAGAAAAUGAAGUGUAUUUGCCUAAUGAUGAGCUCUGGAUCUAUGAAAUGGAUAGCGGGCUAUGGACAAUGCACCUAAUGGAAGGAGAGUUACCUACGUCCAUGUCAGGAAGCUGUGGAGCAAGCAUUAAUGGGAAGCUGUACAUUUUUGGUGGAUUUGAUGAUAAGGGAUACAGUAAUCGGCUUUAUUAUGUUAAUUUGCGAACAAAAAAUGGAACCUAUAGGUGGAAAAAAAUCACCAAUUUUAAAGGUCAACCUCCUACACCACGUGACAAGCUUUCCUGCUGGGUGUACAAGGACAGGCUAAUAUAUUUUGGGGGCUAUGGCUGUAGGAAGCACAAUGAGCUGAGUGAUUGCUUUGAUGUCCAUGACGCAUUUUGGGAAGGACAGAUUUUCUGGGGAUGGCACAAUGAUGUUCAUGUUUUUGAUACAAACACACAAACUUGGUCUCAACCUGCAAUUAGAGGUGGAGAUCCACCUCAGCCUCGAGCAGCCCAUACGUGUGCUGUACUGGGAAAUAAAGGAUACAUCUUUGGAGGACGAGUGCUGGGAAAGCCUACAGUUCUGUUACAAAAUGGCUUACUCCUGCUUGCUCAGAUGGAAACCAGACACACAGAUCAAGGGAAAAGGCUCUACAAGGAACCAGAAAGGGCCAGGAAGUGUCAUGAGGCUUCUCCUAUUCAUCCUUCUGGGAGGAAAGGGCACCUUUUUCCAAAGUUGGAGCUAGAGCUGGUAAAAGAAGAUGGUGAUCAAAAUCAAUUGUACCAGGAAUCAUUUGAAAACAGGCUCAGAAGUAUUAUGUGGACUCUGUUCCUCCAGCAAACGAGAAUGAAUGAUUUGCACUGCCUGAAUUUAGAUACUUGGACCUGGUCUGGAAGAAUUAGUAUCAGUGGAGAGAAACCAAAGGAUCGAUCAUGGCACACCCUUACCCCGAUAGGAGAUGACAGACUCUUUCUUUUUGGUGGACUGAGUUCCGAUAAUGUUCCUUUAAGUGAUGGCUGGAUUCACAGCGUUACAACAAAUGGAUGGAAACAACUUACUCAUCUGCCUAAGAGUAGGCCUAGACUGUGGCAUACAGCCUGCCUCGGAAAAGAAGGAGAGGUGAUGGUGUUUGGUGGAAGCAAAGAUGACUUGCACUUCAUGGACACGGGUCACUGCAGUGACUUGUUGAUAUUUCAGACGCAACCUUACUCACUUCUCAGGUUGUGCCUUGACUGCAUUGGUAAGAACGCAGCCCUCCUGAACAACCAAAUCCCCUGUUUGCCAUCCAAACUUCUGCAGCAGGUGCUGAAAAAAAUAACCUUCUGGGCUGCAGUGAACCACCGGCAGGAGAAGAAAGCAGAGACGGAACGGCAGUGCCAGCUGAGCACCACAUGAGCAAUGGCCACACAGCUGCUGAACACUUCGGUUUCUUCACAGCGUACAGCAAAGUCUUUUGUUAGUGAACUUUCCUAAUGCUACAGAACAACAGUAUGUUCAGCUGAGUUUCUAAGUGAAGUCUGAGAACGGGGAAAUCCUUUUCAUGGAAAACGUUUUGUUUUCUGCGCCAUAGGAAAUUGAGAAAAUUUCAUUUGUAUGUAUUGUUAACUUCUGCUGUUGUGGUCUUAAUGAGACAGCCCAUACAGCUCGUCCUUUCGGAAGGUGACGUGCCAUCCAAUGUAUUCAGUUGACCAAAACGUGGCUUAAGUGACAAACCUUACCGCAGCCUUACGGCACAGCCUUCUGAAAAGCGAGCGGAGCACUGCCCGUGGGAGAGCCACACCUGGCAUAGCACCGCCGCUCCUCUCUGUUAGAGCCACCCAACCGAUGGGUGACGCCUGGCUGAAGGCAGAGCCGGGCGCCGCCCCGGGGCUGGGAGCAGGGCCUGAAGGGAGCCGCAGCCGGAGGGGAGGGAGCGUUACACCGCCUGUCAGCACCGAGCCCUUCGGGACAGCGGUUGUGCGUUGUAUUUGGAACGUGUCACGUUUCUAUUUAAUCGUUGUUGAAAAAAAAAAAAAAAAAACACGUUUAUUUAUUGGUUAAAGAAGAACGGCUGUAGUACUCGCUAUUUUUCUGUUUCAGAUACCUAGUUAACAGGAGCGCGGUCAUUAAAAUUUUAUAGAGAGUUGAA